GAGGAGUGUGCACCUGUUAACAUGCACCUGGAUGUCAGAGAGAAAAGUGUACACGAAGCUGACAGAAUAGGGGAGAGAGGGAGAAGAAAAGGUAAGGAAAAAAGAGAUUUCAGGUCAUCAACAGAGGGCAAUGAUCUCACUCGGUAGAUCGGACUGUAAACACCAUCGAGAGGACUAAACUUAAGGCUAGUAACCUCUGGAGGAAAGACAGCAACCACAGCCUUUGUGACGCACUUUUCACUUGCACAGGGCUCAUCUCUCCUUGGCCAUGGCUACAGCUGAGCCAGCCCCUGCGUGGUGGAAGCUGACCUUCCUUCGUAAGAAGAAAUCUGAGGCCAAGGAGUUGUAUGAGGUUCCUGCAGAGUACAGUAACAAUGCUGAGUCACCUCCCGGGACAAGCAGUACAACCGAGACACCUGACGACAGCCAGUUCAAUGCUCGUCUUGAACGCAUUGUGGACAAAACAGCCACCAAAGGACGACAUGUUAAAGUCUCUCACUCAGGCCGCUUCAAGGAGAAGAAGCGUAUCCGGGCAACGUUAGCCGAAAACCCAGAAUUGUUCCCUGAACAAGACUCUUGCAAUGGAAACCAGAGCACAGUGAAUUGAAGGCUGGGAUGUCAACUGUGCACCUUAAAUCCAUUCACAUGCAUAGACAAAUAAAUUCUAAAUUCAGCAGGCCUCAUUUCAAUCAAGCAAAACAUGUUAAUGUGUUUCAGUAGGGUUCUGCUUUUCGUAGUCUUGAUUGCAUUUGUCCAGAGUGGAGAAAAUGCGGUUUGGUCUAAAAGAAUUGGUAGGAGAUUAUCGCAUCUAAAAAUGCAACUGAUACUGCUAAGAUCCUCAUAUUAAAUCUGUUUAGCUGUAUUUUGACCUUCAGCUGCAGGUUUGCCAUGAGUAUGUCAUGCAUCGUGUGCAUUCAGUUUACAUUGUUGAAAGCAAUAUUUUUUAAAUGUGCUCUUGUUAAUUGUUGGACGGUUGCUUUUUUCAGUGGUGUUGAGAUUCAGGCAGUACUAGCCAUCAGCAGGAAAUAAAUUGCUUUGAGUUUACUGAACAAGAACGAAUAAUUCAGUUCUUUCUCACAUUUCUGAGUGAAUUUUAGACUUCUGGUCACUAAUAAUACAGAGCAGAGUAUUUGCGAUUCAGUCAAUGCACACAAGCAUGCGAAGAGUAAUAAGCAGUUUGCACGGUGUAAUUACUUCUAUCCACAUCCAUUUAUUUCAGAUAACCUAUAAUGUGUGUUUUUCUUGUUGUGUUGGGGUUUUAAAAUUUUUAUUUUAAUAUUGUUCAUUUAAAAAAAAAAAACAUUUUUUAAGUACAGGUGUAAAAACCUCAGUGCCUUAUGAUCAGAGUUACAGUUCUUUCUUUCCUUUACAUCACCUGUCACUUUGUUGAAUAUUCUUCUUUGUUUUAAACUGCAUUUGUUUACUGAAAUAUUCUAUGAAAAUUAUUUGAGUUCCUCACGUUGGUUUUAAUUAAACUGUAAAAAUAUUUUACAGCUAUUUGAGAUUUGAUUUGAUUUGAGCUGUUAUAUAAUACUAUCCAAAGAAAAAUGUUUUAAUAUAUUUAAUAAAAAAAAACGUUUUCCAAUCGCGUGUAAUGUGUUCUCAUUAUCUCAUAAUUUCUCUCUUCC